AUGGCUGCCGCCAGUGCGCCCCCGUCAGGUUCACCGACACCACCUAGGGGUAAUGUGAACGCUAUUAGACGGCGUCUAACCGACGCGAGCGCGUACACUUUGAACUUGCGGAAGGCAACGUACCCCCUAUAUAAGGCGCGCAAGUCUCAGUUUCGGCGCCAGAAAAGGUCCCGGCGCCAAAAGCGCGCCCCACGGGACGGCAUCAUCGACAGCACUGUGGGCAUGGAGCGUGAUUUCGGGUGCAACCCCUACAACCCCAGCUACCGCAACCUGGGGGACGAGGAGGAGGAGGAACAGUAUGGUCAGUGCCUAGACGGGGACAGGUGCUUUGGCAGACUCCAGGAGAGGAACUUCCCUGGGAGGAUCGGGUGGAUGGGCCGCGGCGCGGCUGUCGCCCUCUAUCUUCCAUCGCGACCCCAUGCCUCCCCAGCCCACUCAGCGUGGGCUCCGACGCUCCGGCCUCUCUUUUGCUUUUUUCCUUUCGCAGAUGCGAAGCCAACGUUGAGCUCAUUGAUUCUAACGGGGGGAGAGGAGGAUACGCGGUCCGAACCUGAGCGCGAAGCGGCGGCGGCGGCGGCCGACGGCGUUAACGCGGGAGAGCCGAGCUCCUCGGACGACGAAAAUCAGGAGGGUGGCGUUGGGGGCGACUUGGAGCCCCCGCAGCAGCAGCAGGAGGAGCCAGGCCCCCUGGCCGUGCAGGGGCCACUGAUCGCGGAGAGGAAGCAGCGCCGCUACCGCACCGCAUUCACCCAGCUGCAGCUGCAGGAGCUGGAGGGCGCUUUCCAUCGCACUCAGUACCCCGACGUGUUCGCAAGAGAAGAGAUUGCCAGACGUCUGAAUUUGACUGAAGCCAGAGUGCAGGUCUGGUUUCAGAACAGAAGGGCCAAGUGGAGAAGACACCAGAGGGCCCUGAUGUUUAGAAAUCUGGCCCCCAUUGCCUUCGGGCCUCCUGUGGGAAUGAUCUUUGAUGGGCCCUAUCGUGCGACCCCCAUUCUAGAGGCCAGGUGGAGAUGGGUUCCUCUGGUGCCUCGGGUGUUCAUGCCUCCUGGGCCACCCCUGCCACCUGUGUUCCGUGGGCCACCUCUGCCCCCCAGACCACCCAUGAUGCCUAUGCCACCUCUACCACCGGUACCUCCCUUUGCUCUGGCCCCUGUAGGCAUGGCAUGGGCCCCUGUCAUCAAUGGUCAUUUCGCAGGUCCCAUUUUCUGA